GCAGGGCUGGAGCUGGCGCGGCCGUCCCCCUCCCCCACCCCCGCCGCCGGAGGGGAACCGGCCGCCGCGGCUGCUGGGGCCGGCGGGGUCGGUAGUCGUCAUGGAGUACCCGUGGGAUGAUCUGACUCUGGCCUUCUCCCGCACGUCCAUGUUUCCCUUUUUUGAUAUCGCCCACUACCUGGUGUCGGUGAUGGCGCUGAAGCAGCGGCCAGGAGCAGUGGCAGCGGCCUGGAGUAACCCCCUGUCCAGCUGGCUGAGCGCGAUGCUCCAUUGCUUUGGGGGAGGAAUUUUAUCCUGUAUACUGCUUGCAGAGCCUCCAUUGAAGUUUCUUACAAACCACACUAAUAUUUUACUGGCAUCUUCAAUCUGGUAUAUUGUAUUCUUUUGCCCACGUGACCUAGUUUCCCAGGGUUAUUCAUAUCAACCUAUUCAGCUCUUAGCUGCGGGAAUGAAGGAAGUGACCCGAACGUGGAAAAUAGUAGGCGGAGUCACGCAUGCUAAUAGCUAUUACAGAAAUGGCUGGAUAGUCAUGAUAGUUGUUGGAUGGGCCCGAGGUGCAGGUGGUGCUAUCAUCACAGCUUGUGAACAGUUGUUAAAAGGAGACUGGAAACCAGAAGGUGAUGACUGGCUGAAGAUGUCCUUCCCUUGCAAGGUAACCCUGCUGGGGUCAAUUAUGUUCACCUUUCAGCACACCAGGCAUCUGGCGAUAUCAAAGCAUGAUCUCAUGUUUCUUUAUACCAUCUUCCUCGUGACCAUAAAGGUAACCAUGAUGAUGACAAAGGACACUGCUGUCACUCUCACACCCUUUGAGGACACCUUGACUCGGAUGCUGUUUGGCCGGCAGCAGCAGCAGUUUUCAUUGAGUGAAAAGAAAGCUGAAGUCAAACCGUCUUCCAAUGGCUCUGCCUCAUCAGCAUCCAAGCGGGGCGCAGAGCCUCCAGCUGCUGCUAAGAGACACGCUAAGAAAGAAGACUGAGGGUUGUCCUGAGCUUCAGAGGCAAAGCGAAAGAGUUACUUAUCUCUCAGAGUGUGGCCGUGCUUCUGUAUAAAUGAUGUGAGAUAACGCUUCUCUGUGGGGAUGGAGGGGACAAAAGGAGGAAGUGCUUUGUUUCAGGGACACGCUCGCUCUGCUGAUUGUAACUCUUGGGCUCACGAGUGUAUCAUGUGAAUUUAUUUUUCUGGUAUAAAAGAUUCUCAUAAUUAUUUGAAUAGUUUUAUAUUGAUAAAAGAAUAAUUUUUUAAAUGUUAGAAAAAGUUCACUUGUUACUGCAAAAUUCUAAGAAUUUAACAAAAAAAUUCAGUAUUUUUUUUACUUUUUGAAUGACUAUAAUUGUGUUUUAAUUCUGCAGAAUUAAACUUUUACUUCAUAUUUCCAGUAUAAUUCCUGUAUAUAGAAGACAAUUCCUAUCUAAUUCUGAACAUGGAGAACUUUUCCUAAAUACUUUUUAACCUAAAAUAAACUAAUAGUGUAUAUUUGGUGUAUACAUUUAUUUAUUUUAUAUAUCUCGCACACAUUAAAAAUACCUGAAGUUAAUUUAUUUUAGUUUCAAGUAUUAUUUUCAUUAUUUUUAAUAUGAAUCUCAGUUUGAAGUUUGUUUCAUGCCCUUGUUUUAAAAACUACUUUUAUCUUAGAAAAGCAGGGCUACAAUUUGUAUCUGUAUUUUUCUUUUUGCAACAGCAAGCUCCCUCUGUAGCCCAGGCUGGCCUCAGCUUCUAUCUCAGCUUCCCAACUGCUGGGAUUAUUUAUGGGUGUGGGCCACCAUGCCAGGCUAGGGGUGCAGUUUUUAUUGUUAAUAAUCCUGUGUUUGGAACCUGGGUUGGCUUGUCCUUACCCCGUUUCAACAGCUGGAGAGAUAGAUUACUCACAUGUCAUAUGUUCCUCCUGACUCAGUUGGUCUGAAUAGGCUGGUGGCAUGUCUUUGUGACUCAACAAAAAGUACUGUCAUGGCUGAAAAUGUGUCCUGUACCUCUUUUCCGGUGAUCAUUGCUUCAUGAGUUUAUUUGUCUCUUGUAAGUUUGCAUUUGGGUAUCUAUGCUUAAUAGACAUGUGUGUGAAUUUCUAGUUUUAUCUGAAAUGAAAGCUAUUUUCCUGUGAAAAUGCUCAGGUAUUAUGAGGACUGUCUUCCCGCAUUUGAUGUGAACCACAGACCCUAACGUCACGUGGCAGACUACACUUGAAUGAAGUAAUACAACAUUAAAUCUGCUGUCUCGUUGACGAAGUAAAAAGCAAACAAGGAAACAUCCUAAAUGAUAGAUUUUAUUUGCUUUAUUUGGUGCGAAACAGUCAUGUUAUAACAUUAAAAUUCUGUGGUGUGACUUUCAUACUGAGAAUGUGAGCCUGCCAUCUGGGUUAGGCAUUGUUUUGGUUGGUUAAGAAGCACUUAAAUGAAAUGAUAUUCAAUAUGUAAAGUUUUCCUCUUUUUUUUGUUUUGUUUUGUUUUUGUUUUGUUUUUGAAAACAGGGUUUUCUAUGUAAUAGCACUGAUAUUUUCCUUUUUAAUUUUUAACAAACAAGCACAAUAGCUGAUACUUUACUUGAUUAAGAAAAAGAUUUUGAGUGGGGUACUUUUGAUAGCCUAGGUAUGAGAAAAUGCUUAUUUUUGAUAUUGUGACAAAAACACUAAAUUGCAUUCUCUAUUACAUAUUUGACAAUCUGUAGUUAAAAACUUUGCAAAAUUAAUGUGUUAUUGGUCAGCUCUGAAGUUUUAAUUUAGUUAAAAUGGUAAGAAUCUUGUUUUUCAUUUGUGUUAAAAAUUCAUUAAAAUAAGUACUUUGGUACUCAAGGGA